CGUAGAAUUAAAUAAUCUGAAACGUGUAGUGAAAUUUCACAGACUAAUUAUUUAUUACUUCAGAAAGGAUCAUCGCAACAAAUAGAUCAACUUUGGAAAAAAAAAAUUUCGCUGGCGACAAUGAGGACAAAGGUAACUUUAUUUACAAAUAAUGUCUAGUCUGUCCAUUUACUCUUUGAGCUGUAGUAUUCGGAGCGUAGGGGCUGGCUACCCCUCUACGUCAGUGUGAAAAACCGCGUACAGGAGCUACCACGCGAGUCCGCUUAUUAAAAAAUAAACACGAAAAAAUGUAGCCGAAAUACGCAAACGAUCACGCGAUAAACGUACGCAAUGAUUCUUUAAUUAGAUUUUUAAAUUUAAAUUGAUGACGUUUUUUAUUUAUUUUUUUUAGUGUGAGUGCCCUGUGUAAAUAAUUAGUUGGUAGGAUUCUCUCGUUUUGUAUAUACUUUGUGGUGUAACACUGCUUUCAGAUUGUGCAGGAUGAACUUACAAAUUAUAAUAUCAGAAAAAAACCGACACAAUUGACCAUGAAACUGAAUCCACUUAUAUACUUCCUGAAGCCAAUAAGAAAAUGGCAACCACGAAAGAAAAACAGCAAAAAAUCCAAAAUGACAUUGCUCAGUAUUGUAACAAUGAUCAUACUAGCUUCGUUGCCUUAUAGUUCAGCUUUGAGUUUACCAAAUGGUGACCCAGCUCCGGGGAGAUCACCAGGUCCACCUGAAGAACAUAGUAUAGAAGAAAAAGAAGUGAUUACUGAUGAUGGAAUUGAUAAAGUUACUAAUAUAGCACCAGAGGAAGUUUAUGAUGAAACUACGAUUGCAGACGAAGUGGAAGUGACGACAGUAACAGUGAGUGACGUUAGUGUAGAAACUGGUGAUCCUUGUGCCUUUGCGAGGGUGCCUAGUGACAGUAAUCAGGUGGUUACGCUUAGUGGUGUGGAUAGUGACGUCAAUUUGACAGUGACUCAUCCGGUGUUUGAAACUGAUGAGCUGGUUAGAGGAGUGGUCUAUGAUGUGCAUCUCCAAUUCGAUGACGUCACGCUCCAAGACUACGUGCUUUACUCGAUCGUGGGCACCUUCAUCCGCGGCAACUUCACGCCAACCACAUUCGCAGAGCGUCCGUGCAGAGACGAAUAUCCCCUCCCCUUCUUCGUGCCCAAACACACACGCUCCGAACGUUCGAAAUUCAAAAAGUGGUACCAAGAAAGUGAUAAUUUGGAACCUGUGUUGCCAGAUUUCAGAACAGGAAAAUAUUUAGAUAGUGAUGUUAGUGAGUUCGAUGGGUAUUAUUUUAGACCGAGGUUUUAUAGGGGUGAACGGUCGGUUGUGAAUGGGUUUCGAAGGGGGAAGGGUCGGUUCAGGAAGAGGUUCCUGCCGGCUAGAGUUGUGAGUGGGCCGCUGGAAGGCAGGAGUGCUGUGGUGCUGCAGUGGUCGUUGACUGAUGCGGUGCACGUGGGAACUGAUGAAACUAAUGUCGUUUUUAGGUUACGCUAUAGGAAGAUAACGAGUGCCACCAUAUACCAAGUGUUCUUUACUAAAAUUUUAAGACUAGAAUGUGCAAUACAAUUGCGAGGCACGCGGACAGGCCGUGUCCACUCGGGUCACCUGCCGCACUCCCACGGCUGCCGCCUGCUCGUCCCACCGUUGCCACCAAAAAACGCCUUACUCAUCGAGCUCCACAAACUCAACGUCCCUUGCUCAACCGGUUUCAUCCGCUUCGCACCAAACACCCAAACUUUGUGCGGAAAACUAGAACAAAUCCCGUACCAAAACCGGAGAUUUUUAUACUCGUCCCAAUCUAAAAACCCAGCAGUUGAACUCCAUGGCCGGCCCACGUUCGCCGCGACUUACCGUUUAGUAGACCACUGUCACGACGUCUUACUCACGGCAAGAAACGGCUCGUUCGAAGUCGGCCCAGCUGUCAAACUAAUAUGCUCCUACAAAAUCCACUUGCCUUACGGAAACCGAGUAGCUUUGCGGCUGCAAAUGGGAACAGGACCAAUGACUAACAAAGAGAAUGAUGUAUCUAAUAUUAUUCAUGAAGAUGCUUUAGCGUCAUGUAGAGGAAUGGAGUUGAGUUUAGAGGAUGGGGCUUCUAAAUGGAAGCAUUGUUCUCAACCUGGAGAUCCGUUGAGGAAUGUCCAGAUAGUUUCGGAGGGAAAUUCUGUGAGAUUGAAUAUAAGCGUGUUAGCUAAGAGAAACUCUUCGGCUAUGUGGUUGAAGGUUUGGUGGAUGGAUAAGGCUGUGGAAGAAAUAGUCGGGCAUUGUGACUAUGGAUGGGUGCUGUCGGGGGAUUUCUGUAUAUCAGCCAUAAGAGAAGCCAAGAAGGCAUGGAGACAGGCGGAGACGGAGUGCGAGAGGCUGGGAGGUCAUUUAUCGAGUGUGCUGAACGAAAGACAGCAACAAAUCGUGGACCAAUUGUUGCUAAAUGCACCCGGCGCAGGAGUUGACGAUGUAUACUGGAUUGGAGCCACAGAUGCGGUUCACGAAGGCGAGUUUCGCUGGUCUGAUGGACUACCGUUCUCAUAUGAGCACUGGUUCCCCGGUUGGCGCAAGCACAGCAGCCAGCCCAAUGACGACGGCACCUCCGGGCAGGACUGCGUGGAGGCGAGGCGGGAAUUCCCUCCCCGGCCCCCGCCGGCCACCCCCACCUUCAUGUGGAACGACAGAGGCUGCAGGGAGCACAACUACUUCGUUUGUGAGAGACCCAGUGUUGAAGAUCCGUACAUAGCAUCGAAGAUAGAAUGCAACGAGACCAUAUUGCUGUCUCACUUGCACCCGCAGGUCAUAGUGUCCAGCCCGGGGUUUCCCCGGCCGUAUCCGGACGACAUCGACUGUGUGACCGACGUCCGCGCGCCGCCUGCGCACACAUUGAGACUACAUUUCGAGGAGCUCCUCACUGAACACGAAUCACAUUGCGCGUACGACUUCCUCGAAAUAAUCGAGGUUGGAAUAGAGAACAGCACGGAGCUGGCCCCUGAGGAGUGGCCCAUGGAAGACCAUCUUCAUUCCUUCAGCUCCGAGAAUGAAGUAUGGGAAGAAACGGAAAGCCUACUUCCCGAGUCGGACUCGAUCAGCGCGGGCUGGACGCGGGAGUCGCACGCGAGCCACGCGAGAAGGCUCUGUGGGGACUGGGGCGGAAAGCUCAAAUUGCUGCGAUACCAAUCAAAGAGCAACGUCCUUCGACUUCGCUUCAGGGCUGAUCAUUCGCGGCACUUCGCCGGAUACAAGGCAAAGAUCACCGUUGCUGACUCACAAUCUUGUAUGGACAUAAAGCAAGUUCUGUUCGACGGUCAUUGCUACCUCAUCUCCGGGCACCCGAAGGCUUCUUGGAUUACUGCUAAACAGGUGUGCGAAGGCCUGAACAUGCAGCUAACUUCCAUCCACUCACCUGAUGAGGAACGCUUCAUCAUCACGGGUAUCCGACAAAGCAGUGACUACAGCGCCGGCUCAGUCUACUGGUUGGGGGCGCAGUGGGGGGGAGGGGGGAGAGACAACUUCAGCUGGGUUGACGGGAGCCCAGUUGUGUACCAAGCCUGGCCGCCGUAUAACGAAACUGAUGACGCUGUGGACUCUUGCUUGGGAGUGCAGUGGAGGUCGUCACCCAUCCCAUCACAGCCGAGCGGAUUGUACUGGACCUUACAUAAGUGCGCGGCGACAGGAGGCUACGUCUGCAAGAGGAAGCUCAAUGCUGACCAUGUCGUCAAGAAUAGAACGUUUGAAGGCACUUCAGGCAUUCUGUCAAGUCCGAACCACCCCAACUUGUAUGACAACGACCUCGACUACUGGGUGCACGUGGUGGGGCCACAAGACACGCGGUUGGUCUUCGUCUUCCAGACCAUCGAGCUGGAGUACCAGAAGGACUGCCUCUAUGACUUUGUUGAGCUGAGAGACGUGAAGAACUUCAAGUCGUCAAGGUACUGCGGGUCUGUGACCGAAACCAGAUGGGUCGCCAGCGCUAACAAAGCAGUGCUGCACUUCCAUUCAGAUUACAAUACCCAGGGCGCGGGAUUUUCACUGACGUGGCACGCGGUGGAGCUGCCCGGGUGUCCGUCGCAGACCUUCACAUCCAAGGAGGGCGUGCUGCGGAGCCCUAACUACCCGCACUUUCUGUUGCCCGACCUGGACUGCACCAUUGACAUCCUUGCCCCUACAGGCAAACGCGUCUUCCUAAACGUGAGUUUCUUUGACUUCGGCUACGGCACGUUCCAGAAGGGAGUCCCCAUAAACAUAUCAGAGACAGUGCCUGAAGACUCCUACCUGGAGGUGCAAGUGGACACCCAGACAGUGCCGAUCCGUCCAUUCGUAAAUGCUAACAUAUUGACCAACGGCCUGUUUGUGUCCAAGUCGGAAGUUCUAAAGUUGCGAUUGAGGACGGGAGAAAAUGUCACCGGGGUCGGGUUUUUGGCGUAUUUUAAGACUGUGAAUUUGGUGAACGUCAGCCACGUGGUGGAUCUAGGUGCAAAUCGUCGCGGGCGCGUGGUGCCCCCCAACUGGCCGGCGCCGCCGCCGCCGCGCGCGACGCUCAGCGCUCGGCUGAUCGCGCCGCCGAGACACACCUUAGCCCUGGCCUUGUAUAGAGCUCGCGCAGUGAUCGCGGUGGAGGAGGACGCUCCAUGUGGAGAUGGAAACGGCUGGAUACAGGUCAAGGACAGUUACACAGACGACAACGGCACCCGAUGGACGCUGUGCGAGGUGCAAAGAAGCAAACGCAAGAUGGAACCCAGCGCGCCUCUCAUCAUCAACUCUUACCUUCAUUCUUUGUUGGUUACGCAGCAUUCGGGCGAACGAGGGAUCAACGUGGAUAUCUCACUAGUUGUUAACAAGGACCCAGAAUACCACAGCAAACUGCUCCUGCUAUCAGAUGACACCAACCUGGAGUCAUGCUACCCGAACCCCUGCCUCAACAGCGGCGUCUGCGCAUUCGAAGACAAUAAAAAUUUUUGUCAGUGCUCCGGUUACUACACUGGAGCAUUCUGCAUGCUGACAGCUUGCGAACGCUCUCCGUGCGUGUUCGGCAACUGUUCGUUGUCGCUGUCGAGCGGCGCGGCCGGAGAGGCGUACAGCUGCGCGUGCGCACGCGGCUGGCGCGGCAGGCGCUGCGCCGAGCGCGUGCGGCCGUGCGCCGCGCGGCCCUGCAACAACCGCGGCGCCUGCCUCGAGCGGGACGGCACUUUCGUGUGCCAGUGCAACCCUUCGUGGAAGGGCAAACGAUGUGAAGCCCCAAACCCGAGCCCAAACAUCGUAGGCCUCGGGACUCGGAUGCUGCAAGAGCCUUUCUGGCUUGGUUUGAUCACAGUGUUUGUAGUGUUGGGGAUGAUAGGGCUCAUCUGGUGCGCCAAGCGGCACUUCCCAGAGAAGAUAGAGAAACUUCUGGCAGAGGAGGCCGACCGGUGCGCCAGACCGCCGCUGCGGGAGCCGGCAGCGCACCGCACGCUGCUGACGCGGCUGGGUAUCCGCAAGCCGUCGGUGUCGGGGCUCACGGCGCACCCGCGAGCCGCGCGCACCUUUAGCUUGGACGAUCUGUUAAAGCCGCCGCCCGGACGAACACCAUCGCCACGAAAAAAACGCAACAACUCCACGCCUACGAAAAAGAACGCAGCAGAAAAGAAGCAAAUACUACAGCAGCUUAUAAGCCCGGCAUCAGCGAACGACCAUUCGAAGAAAAUUACAAUGGGGGAGCUUAUCCAGAUGUCGGAAAAAAGAACUCUAAGUACGGUAGAAAGUGCCCCUGCCUUUGUUGACUAUGGAAUUGAUAAUAAGGAGACAUCAUUUGCUAGCGAAGCAUCAACACCGUCUACUUCUCCAUCGAUGAGACACAUUUCCGAUCCAAAAUUAGAAAAGAAAGUUACAUUUGCUAGAUUACUUAACAAAGUUUCAGCAGAAAUGAGUUCUAGCUCAGACGUUGACAUUGUCAAUACUAUAGCUAUUCCAAUGGCCGUGAUAGCCGAUAGAGGGAUGAGAGCAAAGGCGUCAAGUACACCGCCAUCGCCAGGCGUCGAAGUAAGAUCACCUCACAGCACUUCCAGUAAUCAAGGAAGUGAUUCAAUGUCCAGUCUUGAUCUCACCCUGGCAAAUGCUGCUUUGAAAAAAUACUCAAGGUAUGACUCAUAUAGGCAGCCGAAAAUAUCAAGUGCAGAUUCAAUACUAGCAAUGUUUCGCAAUUUCUCAUCAUCAUCAGCGGCUAUGGUUUCCCGAGCGUCAUCUGGUGGCGUCUCAAUUUCUAGCACACCGUCAGCGUCAUCUCCGCAAGACGACACAGUUGAUGCUGACGACAUAUCAUUAGCGUCAUCACUCAUACCCUCACUGGCUCCUGAUUCGCCGAUAACAAGGCCGCAUAAUACAAUAGAAAUACAGGUUUUGGAUCCUCUCAGCGCUCACAAGUCAUCAUCGUCGGGCAGUAACCUACUACAUCCUCCGUCCAUCCUUCUAGAAGUCCCAAGCACAAUAAACAAAUGCUUAUCACCAAUACGAGAACUUCCUACGCCAUUACCCACGCCCUUGCCUACACCUUUACCUACUCCGCUUCCAUCUCCUCGUAUGCCUCGAGCGAAUAUGGAGCCAGAUACGAAAAGUGAAUCUACAGCUACCUGCAUAUCACCAAGUGAAGACGAGUUGGAUGAAAUCAAGUUCGAGACCAAACCUGAUAGGUCCAUAACAGGAUUAAGAUUAAAGUUACGGCAACCAGUAAUAACCACAGACACGCCGACGCCUUCAACAUUGGUAACUGAUUCACCAAGCCCUAGCUUCACACACAGCCAAGACUCGGAACGAGAAAUGUCUUCUCCAUCCCCCGCGCCUCCUGGCUUAAGAGUACCAGUUUUAACUAUAGAAAGACCAUCUCCGGGUUCACCGCCUCCCAGACGUACACCGCCGCAUUUAGAAUUCCAACCACCUCCGUUGAUAACAGUAACAUACAAUGCCAGCGAAGAGUCUGACGAACCGAUGUCUCCUAGACCUCCACCGCCAAGCGGUAAUAUGUGUUACUUAAGUCCUUUCUCAAUGUCUGCGAGAGGAGAAAGAGCCCCAUCAGAGUCCAACUUAUCCUCAUCCGGAUACAGUUCCAUGGCAAGUCCAGGGCCAUCACGAUGUGGGUCCAGUAACCCUCUAUGUCCCUCGGAGAUGGAAGACCCCGGGUCCGGAGGAGGGCCAUCUUGUUUUCAAUCCAGAAGACGACCUUUAAUGAAAACCAACUCCAGCCCAACAACUUCCAAUGAUGAUGGCAAAGAGCGGAGAAGAGGGCGAUCAGAUUCCGAAACUUUAUCAGACGAUCCCUUACUAGAAUCAAACGACGAAGGUAUAGGUACUGAUGAAAGAGUAGAUGACGUACCAACUAGCGCCAAAGAAUUAGAAACAUUGGUUGUUUUAAAAGAGACAUUGGAUGUUCCUCAAACGACUUUGUGCUCACCGAGCGGUGUGACCAAAUGUUCGAUAGUGAAAUGCAUUAGUGUCGAGAGAGGUUUAGAUGAGAAGGCUAGUUUGAGACCACCUACAUUAUUGACUGACUGUAGUAGACCAUUGAGUCCUGUUAGUUCCAGAAGCGAAAGUCCGUUAAGUGAUAAAACAGGUCUAGGACGAUUCUCUCCUCAGUUCUAUGGGCGACAACUGCCUUUUACGGAUUCUGAUGGUUUGUACGACUUCCCGAGUUCCGAAUGUGUGAAAGGAAAUAAUUGUAAAUCGGGUAACAACACACAGAAGAAGUCUGGAAGGAAACGAGAUAGAAGAACCACGAGAACUUCCUCGCAUGAAGUUACGGGAACAGCCAAAUCAUCGCUGCCGCAUAUGCCGCAUUCUAUGCACAAUUUGUUAGAGGUGCCGGGCUGCCGGGAUGCGUCCUCGCGCGGCCGUAAGUUCGGUCGACGCCGGUCCCGGUCUCAAGCCCCAGCACCAGCGUCCUCCUCAUCUUCUGAAGACUCCGUGUCCAACGCGUCGGUCGCCUCCAUCGCUUCUGCCAGGGAGCUGCGGUUGCCUGACUUGGAUAUGCAGCCAGCAGAGCCGUGUAGGCUGAGGAAACCGCUUCGAAGACAAAAGUGCCGUAGUUCCGAGGACACGACGUCCAAAAUAUCGUCCAGUUUGGAUCUCACGGAGGACGCCAGGAAGCCGAAAGUCAAUAAACUGAGAACUAUUAGCAACCAAAUUCGAUUUUUACGCCGACUGGAACGCAGCCUCAAAAUGAAGGAAACUUUCCCCGCGCUCUCCGACGAUGAAGGAGACGAGUCCUCCAGCGUAACAUCCCCCCUUCUCCAAGGCAGAAAGGACUUAGCGCGAAUGCCCACCCACGCGAUUUCCGCCCCUCUGUUAGGCAUAAGGCCCAAAAUCACGAGACAGAGACGCUACGAUAGAUCACUCGGAGAAGAGACAAGGACGUUAAAUACAGCCGUUGGUCAUGACGUAUCAGAUUGACGGUACACCAUCGAGGACUGGGAGUUUUGAACCCAGGACUUUGAAGGUUAUGAUCUCUUGCCAAAAUUUAAGUCUCCAGAAAAAAAAUCUUGAUAAUAAGACUAUUUAUAUGGCAAUAUAUUUUGUUCAACAAUUUGGCAAAUGUUAUGUCGUUUGUACCUAAUAAUUUUAGAGUUAAAAGAUAAAAAUCCCACGAACUAAAAUGGCAGUGAAGUUGCUUAAUCGGACAAAACUGAUAGUUCCCAUAUUUGACAGGUCGUGACAACCACGCCGAAUAGUACAUUUACAAGAUUCUAAUCUAAUGUGAUAUAAAAUUUAAAAAAACACGAAACGGUAGAAAAAUUUGUUUUGGGUAGGCGUAACUUUGUGUAGAUGUAGAAUAUGAAUAUAAAUAAGAGUUUCUUUUUCUUCAGUUUGACUUUUGAUGUUUCCACUAGAUACUCCUGUCAUUAUGCUCUAGGUGUAAAUAUUUAUCUAAUAGCAAUAACUUGUUUUUAGAUUAUCUUUUACUGUAGCUAGUGAUGUUAGUAGGUAAAUAUUAGAACACAAACUCUACGACGCAUAGAAUAAUAAUAUUACUGUUUCGUUUAGGAUAUAUUUAUUUCUUAUUGUUUUUUUGAUAUCCCUUGUUAAUAUUUCCUGUUUUCUACUAUUUUCAUUUUCGCCUCGUACAUAUUUUGUAUACUAUGUAAAUAUGCUUUAUGUAAAUAUAAUUAACGUAUUGCUCAAAUGCAUAUUUUGUGAAAUCGUUUUGCGCACUUUUUGCUGUUUUGUAAAUAGAUAAACUGAAUAAUAUAAAAUUUAGCUACUAAGUGUAAAUAAAGGGAUAUGAGAGAAAUUAAUCGUUUUCAUGAAAUGUCAAAUACUUAAAUGUAAAUGUCUAAAUUUAAGAUUAAAAAUGUAAACAAAAUUAAAGGCCCAAAAAAAUCGGUAUACCAAAUGCACAAUUACUUAUAUACAAUCGUAUGUAUGAGUAUAAGCACGCAUAACAUUAAGUCAUUUAUAGGUACCUUAAUAUUUUUUAACCUGACGCACCAAUAGAAUAGUUUCUGCAAUAUUAUAUUUAAACCAAUAUAUGAAUUAUUCGAUCCUUAUAGCAUUAAUCAGGGUUAUUUGUACGUAUGUUAACCUUUAGACUCUUUAUUAACAUACCUAAAUAAUAUAGGCACUCUUCUUGAUAUUAAUGAAGCUAAUCACCAAAUACUUUACAAUCCAUUCAGUGUCAUAUUCAGCGUAAUAUAGCAUGAGUAAUAUCCCAUAGAAAGAAAUUAGAUAUUGUAGUUAGUACCUAUAUCAAUAACUACUUAGCCAUAUUACCCUAUUCCAUAAUUUAGUUUAGAAACAAAGUCUCGAUAAUAUUUAGUGAGUACAAUUAUUUUAUGAUUUAGAAGAAAUAUAGAAUAUAAAAUAAUCCCAGAUCACAUUUGACACUAAGUAGUCUCCACUCAAUUUGCCUUAUUUAGCGUGACCCCUACGUAGUCUCUAAGCUAGGAGCUUGAUAUGUGAAACUGUUAUUCAGCAAUAAUUUUAUGUGAUUGACUGUUCAAAGACUGACGUUAUCUUUGUGUGCACGAACCAAUUAGCUUCUGUGUCUCUUUCGUAAUGUAUGUGUAAUCGUUAUUAAGUCAAUGUUUUGAUGUCUAAAUGAUUCGUUGUCGUGCGAAAAUGACAUAACUUUUUACGUACCCGUAAUCAUAGACACUUUCCGAAUUGUACAGUUUCGUGCAAUGAAUGUAACAUUUUGUUUUUAAUUCAUAAUUACUUAAUUUAAUUUUGGAACAAAAUAUUCUUUCAAUUUAAAGUAUUAUUUUAAAGUUGUAUAACGUUCCAUUUCCAUCCUGCCAGUCUUAUCUCGUAUUCAUUGCUUAGGAGGUCGGUGUAAAAUAGUGUGUAACUUGGUAAAUUUAUGAAGAAAAAAAAAAUAAUGGCCUGUUCAUUGAGACUGAACUUAAAUCUUAAAAUUGCAAACUUUUCGCUCGAUCGAUGAACUUUAUCAUUUUCUUGUUAUUUCCUAAUUUUAUGAUAUAUUUAUGAGCAAUGGAUACCCUAAUACUUCAAUUGAUUUAUUGCACACGUUUCUUUCCUACAAAAAACUACAUUUUAUUUAAAAUCAUUAUUUAGACCAUGAAAAUAAAAAUAAAAAAAUAAUAAUAAAACGUUAUUUCCAUAAUUUUGACAAGUCUAUUAAAAAAAACUUUCCAAUGCCCUAAAGGCUGGUCUAGUAAUAUCUCACAGAAGGAUAUAAAUAUCCAAACCUUCAAGACGAGAGCUCCUCAGGGCAAUUAUAAUAGGAAUAUUUCAUUUUUUGUUGUAGUUAAUGCCAUAUAACGGAAAAACAAAUAGAACACUAUUGUAAUAAGAAAUUUUAUCUUUUCACAGACAUAUUUUAUUCUAAUCUAACAGAAAUAGGUACACGUCAGCCCUUUUUUCCAGUCGGGUAUAUAAAAUCGAUCUAGAUCUUAUAAAUUAAUGUAAUAAACAAAACAAACCUAAGAGCACACAAUUAACAUAAGUAAAAAACGGUAAUGUUAAAAAUAUGUAGUGUACGAGAUUUAAAGAACAGUGAUAGUACCCAGCUUAAAGCUGAGUAUGUCCGGGCAUAAAACCGACUCAGAAGUAUGUUUUCAGCUCAAUUAUAACGAACUACUAAUCUAUUACUAACGCACAUGUAUAAUAAUGAACGUGUUAUGAGUUCCCAAUAUAAAACAUAUAUAUCUGAAAUGUAUAAUCGUAAGUAUUAUGUUAUGGGUCUGUUAUUAAUCCAGUUAAUUUUAUUUUUAAUAUAUACAUAAUAUAACCUAUGGAGAUUUCCAGGUAAUAAAAAAAUAAUUUGUCCAAAGUAUUGAGGCCUUUGUCGAAAAUUUCUAUAGAAUUCUAUAACCAGAAAUUUAUUGAAAAUCUAAACAUACGAUUGUAUGUUCAAACGAACCUCAAUAGCAAUUGCCAGCGAUUGUUGUAACUAAAUUAAAACACCAUUCGUAAGAAUGUCUCGCACCAACCAUAAUUUUGCAUUUAGCGCGAAGUUUUAAACGAAAUAUAAAAGUUUCCAUGCUUAACGUAUCAAACUCAAAAUUCAUAGGACCAUCGAUUAAUUUAUAUAUAGCUAUUUAGUGAUUUCAAGUACUAAGUAUAAUGUGCACUAUUAUGUAAUUUUAUUGAAUACAAGGAAAUUUCUUAUGAUACGUGUGACUCUUCGAAUUGUAUGGUGUUCAGUGGUACUAAAGUUCACACUUUUGACUGUAUGUCUUAUACCAAGUUAGUAUCCAUUGACAUAUUUUACAGUAAAUAAAAUAUUAUGUAUUUGCACAAAAUUAUAUAUAGAUAGAUAGGUAUUUAUUUCUUUAAACCUAGUUAAAUAAAAACACCCUUAUGAAAAUUGUAAAUUUUCAAAAUUGUGUUUUCAUAAAACUAUUUACACAAUAUAUUAACUUAUAAUAUAUAUACGACCAUAAAUUAAUGUCAUAAAAUAUAACUAUUAUCUUUUUUCUACUUAACCCAAAUAAGUUAUACACUGCCAGUUACCUGAUAUAACCUAUACCACUAUCUCAUGGUUUUGUGCAAAAUAUACUUAUGUACUAUAAAGUCUCCAAUAUCGACAUGCAGUCAGAACCUUGUUUCACGUUUAUUUUCAUAAAUCAUGAACGUGUCGUGUAAAUAUGUUUACACUAUACGCAUCGUACUGUUAAGAUGUAUAUUCAUUAUUAUUAUUAUUAUUAAACAUCCUAUUCACAAACAAUGUAAAGAAUAA